AUGGACUCGGACUCGGAGGAUUUCAUCGUCGUCGGGACCCCCCUGGAGCAGGAGGAGGAGGCCCGCGGCUACCGCAAGAAGGUGACGGAUCUCGCGGUGACGAAGGCGCUUCCGGUGCACAAGCAGGAGGCCACGGACGCGGAGGGCAGGCGACGCUUCCACGGCGCCUUCACCGGGGGGUUCUCCGCCGGAUACUUCAACACCGUCGGCAGCAAGGAGGGAUGGACGCCGCAGCAGUUCACGUCAUCGCGCGCCAACCGCGCCAAGGUGACCCAGACGGCGGAAGAUUUCAUGGACGACGACGAGCGCGAGGAGAUGCGCGCGACGGCGCUGGAGGCCCGGGACGAUUACGACACGUUCGGAACCGCCGCCGAGCUCCGGGCGCAGCGCGCGAUGGCCGCGAGCGAGGCGACGGGCGACGGCGGUCGGCGCAAGGUUUACGGCCCGGCGAUAAUCCCGGGCCCGGUGCCGUCCGAUCUGGUCGUCCCAACCUCGGACCCGGUGGGCGCGAGGCUCCUGCGGCUGAUGGGUUGGAGGCGCGGCAAGGGGAUCGGGCGCGGUGGGGCACGCAACGGCAACGGCGGCGACGGUCAAGGCGACGGCGACGGCGACGGUCAAGGCGACGUUAACGACGAAAACGGCGGGAGCCGAAGGAGCCGAUGGGGAAAGUCCGCAACCGCGCUCGUCGACGACACCCCGCGCUACGUCCUUCACCCGAAGACGAACCUGCACGGCGUCGGGUACGACCCCUUCGAGGGCGCCGAGGAGUUUCGCAAGGUGGCGGAGGCUCGUGCGGUGCGACGGAACGCGGACCCCCGGGGUCUCGGAUCCGUCCGGCCGAAUCGCGGGGAGGCUUUCGGCGUCGGCGUGUUCGAGGGGGACGACCCGGACGAGGACGUGUACCGAACCAGGACGCUGGGCGGCGACGAGAUCGGUCACACGUACGAGAUCAUGUCCGAGGAGGAGGAUGAAGAGGAUGAGGAGGAAAAGAAGGGGGAGGAUGCGAGGCGGCGAGGGGGAGGGAAGGACGGUCGGCGCUCCGGCGAGGGGGGAGUCGGCGCGGUUCGGGGUUUCUCGCUCUCCGCGGAUACCCUGGCGCCCGCCACGUGGUACCCGCCGCCGGUCGUCCCGAAGUCGUUCCGGGCGUUUCACGUGUUCCCGCCCGGCACGGAGCCGCCCCCCUUCGCGGACGCGUCGAGGGCUCUGGCGAAGCCGCCGCCGAGGGCGCCGCCGCCGCCGCCGCCGGUGCCGCCCCCGUCGGAUGCCGAACGAGCCAAAUUUAUCGACACGACGGCCAUGUUCGUCGCCAAGAACGGACCCGCGUUCGAGGCGAUGGCGCGCGAGAGGCAACGCGGCGAUCCCAAGUUCAGCUUCCUCUUCGGCGGCCCGGACGAGGGGUACUACCGGUACAAGCUGGGCGAGUGCCGUCGAGAGUUGGGAGCCGGGACGGGGGCGGUGACGCAGUGGGCGAGCGUGGCGCUCGGCGAGGCGAGGCCCAAGCCGCUGGACGCGGACGAUCGCGCGAGGAUGCUGGGGGAGACCCCGCUGCCGGCGACGAUGAAGGGCGGGGGUUUGGCCAGGCCGUUAUCCGCGGCGCCUCCCCCCGGGACUAAGGUACCAGAGAAGCAGCCGGAGACGAUCAACGUGAAGGGGAUCGCGGCGGCAGAUCGGAGCAGGAUACAGGCCAAUCUCGGGAGCAUGUUCACGUCCGGGAGCACCCUCGAGACGCAGGACAUGGGCCACGGCUCGCGAGCGCUCAAGCCGGGGCUGACCAUGGCUUCUUCGUUUGUAUCCGCCGGAGCUCUGGAGGAUCCAAAAGAGGCGAGGGAACGGGAGGAACGCGCGAAAUUAGCGCCAAUCGUAAACUCGCGCGUGAGCCGCGACUGGGCGCCGGAGAGCCUCCUGUGCAAGAGGUUCGACGUGAGGGACCCGUUCGAGGGACGAGCAAAGCCCGGCGCGGUGAGGAGCUUCAAGUCGGACAGCAUCGUGCUCACGGAGACUGUCGCGGCGGCGACGGCGGCGGCGCCAAAGUUUUUACCGCCGACCGGGGGGGACGACCGGGUCCUGGAGGUCCCGCCGCCGCCGCCGCCGCGGCGGGUCCCGGCUUCGGUCAUGCCCCCGCCGCCGCCGCGGAGCCAUCCGCCCGCGGCGCCUACCGCGUCCGUUCAAACCCUAAACCCUGCACUUCAAACCCCGGUUGUUCCGGGCGGAGACCUGCGGCGAUACAGCACCGGCGCGUGGGGCUCCCGGCCCGUCUCCGCGCCCCCCGCGGGCGAGCCGGUUCCCUCCGCCGCCGGCGACGGUGUCGGUCCCGGUCCCGUCUCCGCUCGCGAGCCCAGCGUCCGGGAGGAAGCUGAGAGCUUUCUGGACAGCCUCGGAAUCGUUCCAGAGCGACCGAUGGAAUUUUUCAAAGCCAUCUUCGACGACAGCGACGAGGAGAACGACCCCCCGCCGCCGCCCAGACGGAGGGAGAGGUCCCCCGAUCGGCGGGAACGCGCGAUUGGGACGAUGGAGAGCGCGUCCCUCGAGGGUAGGCGGCCGGUUGAGGCUCCGACGGAUGUCGUGUCGGGCCCCGCGCCACCCCCGGGGGGCGUCCCCGAGAAGCGACACCGCGCCGACGACGACGACGGGCGUUCCUCGAAGAAGGCGAAGAAGGACUCCAAGAAGAAGGACUCCAAGAAGAAGGACUCCAAGAAGAAGAGCAAGAAGGAGAAGAAGUCCAAGAAGAGCAAGAGGUCGAGGAGGGACCGCUCGGACAGCUCUUCUGACAGCGACUCGUAG